AAUUGCGAUUUUCUCUGCACUCUCCCUGUCGCCGCUAUGGCAGCAUCAGUUGCGGCUUUUUUUUAUGUGGUUUUCUUCAAAUUGCUGAACUCAAGACCUAUACCGAGAGGUUUUUAGUAAGGGUUGCGGAGCAAGGGUUGUUAUGGGAGUGAUAAAAGACGGCAAGGUCUCCGGCAGGUUACCGGCCGACGACUCCUUCGCAGUGCACCAUCCCGGCUACCCUUCUACGACGUCUCGGGCCAUCGAGACCCUCGGAGGAGUUGAAGGGAUUGUCAAGGCUCGUUGCUCACAGUCAAACAGGCUAGAGCUUCGUUUCCGUCCUGAAGAUCCAUAUUCUCAUCCUGCAUUUGGGGAGCUUCGUCUUUGUAACAAUUUGCUAUUGAAAAUAUCUAAAAAGAAGUCAUGUGAUGACCUGAGUGCUAAAGUUUCAGAUAGAUUACCAGAGGCAAGUAAUUCAGAAAAUAGAGAACAGGCAUCUCAACCUGAAAUUCAAUCGGUUACCUCUGCUAAAGAAAAUGAAGCACAGAUAUCUGAACCAGAUAAAGCAAACCUUUGUGCUGAUAUUGUUGCUCGAGUCUCAGAAGCUUAUCAUUUUGAUGGCAUGGUUGACUAUCAGCAUGUUCUUUCUGUUCAUGCGGAUGCUGCGAGGAGAAGAAAGAGAAAUUGGGCAGAAACAGAGGAGCCAUUCUUUAAAAAGGAUGGUUUUAUGGAUAUGGAUGAAGAGGAUGUUAUGAUGCUACUGCCGCCACUUUUUUCACUCAAGGAUGUUCCAGAGAAUAUAGUGCUAAGACCAUCAUCCACUCUAAGUUCAAAAAAGAAACAAGAGCAAGUUAUGCAACAUUGCUCUGAGAUGCAAAUAGAGAGAGCCCUUGCAAUUGAUUUCAACAUUAAAGAUAUCCUGCUUGUAUUUAACUCGUCCACACAGAUACCUAAGAGAAUCAAUUGGGAGGAGCUUAUAGCCGAAGGCUCAGAGCUCUGGGAGUCACAGAUGGCUGUUUCUAAGCUUUUUGAUGAGCGACCAAUAUGGCCCAAGGAAUCAGUAGCUGAACACUUGCAUGAUAAAGGUCUCAAAUUUAGCAAUCUGAUGCUUAAAAGGCUUCUACUUGGUGUUGCUUACUACUUCUCAAAAGGACCAUUUCUCAGGUUCUGGAUCAGGAGAGGAUAUGAUCCUCGCAAAGAUCCCAAUUCUCGCAUAUAUCAAAAAACGGACUUUCGCAUACCUGACGAAUUAAGGAGUUAUUGUGAUACUAACACAGAUAAAGAAUUGAAGCCUAGGUGGGGGGAUUUGUGUUCAUUUCAAGUAUUUCCUUUCAAGUGCCAGACAUUUUUUCAGCUGUUUGAACUGACUGAUGAUUAUAUCCAAGAAGAGAUAAGAAAGCCUACAAAGCAACCAACAUGCAAUUCUAAAACAGGAUGGUUCUCAGAGAAUGUGCUUGAUUGCUUGAGACUCCGGGUAGCAGUUAGGUUCCUAUCACUAUUUCCCAAACCAGGUGCAGAAAAAAUAUUGAAGAAUUAUUCCAAUGAUUUUGAAAAGUCAAAGAGAACGUGCAUUUACAAGGAUGCAGUGAACCCUGACCAAAAUGAGCAUCAGGAAAAUAGUAAAGAAUUUACAGGUAAUGAAGAUAAAGAUAUGAGAAAAAGUAUUGAUGAUGAGGAAGAGGAAAUUGAGGCUGAGGAGGAGGAGGAGGAAUUGGAUGCAUAUGGAACCCUUAAUUUGGCUGGUGAGGAUAAUGAAGGACCUCUGCAACGUGAUUCAUAUCUGGAUAUUGAAAUCAACUCGAGAACAUACUUGCAAGAGCUCUUUGGUAGCUUUCCAUCUUCUGCUGCUGCUAUUAAUAAAAUACAAGAUGCAGAAACCAGCGAUGGAGAAUACCAGAUAUAUGAGCAAUAUAGUGAUGGCAACUUCUCUGAUGAUGAUGACAGCUGACCAAUGCUUCAACCUCAGAAGUUUACAGAGGGUUUGUGAUGCUGCAUUGUAGGUAGUCUUGCAGAAAGAAGCUAUAAACACCGAGCAGCAGAUGAUCCACACAUCCUGACUUUGUACAUUUCCGGCUCUUCACCACCAUUUCAUUACUUCUGUGAUACAACUGAGCCAAGAGUACUAUAUUAUUACUAGUUUUUCUUCAGCGCAUGAAAGACUAAUUUGCCUCUAAAAAGGGAAAAAAAUGAUAAUUUAUUAUAAAGAUCGUCUGUACAUUGAUGGUGCAUUCCUAUUUUUUACCCCUAACAACAUUCGAACUUGUAAUUAUAUUUGAGUAAUCAGUCUUUGAAAAUCUUCAGCCUUGUGCUUCAGCCUGGUGCUCUUGCCUGAU